AUGGCCGAUCUUAUGUGGACUCCGGAGAUCGAAGCCGAUAUUGCCCGUUGGAAACUGACAGGCAUUUUUCCCUUUCUUAACCUCUGUGCCUGCCCACUAUCGAUUCCAGCGCGGUUCUCCUAUGGAGAUCUCCGUCUAUUUUAUCACGUCGCUUCAAUCUCAAGCGAGCUUGAUCGUUAUAAUUCGAGCCAUUUUACGUUGUGGACUUGGAAGGUACCUUUGUUUUUAAGGAUUGCAGUUGUGUAUCCGUAUGUUAUGCAUGCACUUCUCGCUCUUGCUGCAACACAUUUGGCCUGGUUGACCAAAUGCACUCAGACAGCAAACAUGGCUUACCGACACCGCGGAGCUGCCAUGAAAAGUUUGCAAAAAGCUUUAAGUGUGUUCUGUCCCAAAAAUUCCGACGCUGUUUUAGCCGCAUCUCUUCUUUUGUCAUGGCAAGAGAGUAAUUGGUGCGGCUGGACACAGCUAAUGCACGGGACGUCAUCGAUAAUCAUCGCUAUGCAGCUAUGGAAAAACGAGUCAGAAUUCGGAGACUUUAUUGCAGAGCAAAGCAUUUUUCCCACUGUUCCACUAUCGUCCAUUUCGUGUACGAAUAUUGAGCGCGUUCAAUGGAGAGAUUUAGAUGCUCUAGAAAGGGCCUGUGUGCAGCUCCAGAAAGUUGAAAUUUAUCUUGAGACAAAAGAUGUAGUUCUUCAGCAUUCCAUUCGACAGCUCAUAGAAUUUAUUAAAAAAGUGCGUAAUUUCGCCCCCUCCCGUACAACUCCUCAGCGCUUUGAGAUGCUCGAUCCGCUACGCAUCUGGUUAUUCUGGCGACCAGUCGCAAUCCUCCAGACAAGUAGAGAUUCACCACCAGCACUUCUCACUCUAGCUCACUUAUACGCUAUGGCCAUUCUCAUAGAGCCUUUAUUCCCAGAGGUCGGCGCGGCAUAUUUUGGAAGUUUGUCCAUAGGACCCGUUGAAAGAAUUGAACAAAUGUUGUUUUAUGGAAUUCAAAAUUCAUCUAAAGAUUUGGAUAGUGAGGUUCUAUCCCUUAUGAGGUAUCCCAUUGACAUGGUUGCGAGCUUCAGACGCCGCAUGUUGAGUCGACCAGAAGUAACGCCACUGCCAUUCAUUUACGAUUACAAUCCGAUUACCUUUGAGAGGCUAUCAACCUGGGUGACUCCAUAUUAA